AUGUCUUCUGAUCACUGUCCUUUGCUAUUUGAAAAUGAUCCGCCGAUGUCUAGAGGGGGAAAUUGGAGAAGGAAGAGAAGAUUCUUGUUUGAAGAUAUGUGGUUAACUCAUGAAGGGUGUAGGGGUGUGGUAGAACGGCAAUGGUUGUUUGGAGUUAAUUCUGUUGUUGGUAAAUUGGAACAGGUGGCGGGUGGAUUAAAAAGAUGGAAUCAGGAAACUUUUGGUUCUGUUAAGAAGAAGGUGGCCUCUCUGCGUGAGGAGCUUGAUGUCUUGCAACGUCAACCUCCUACUUCUAAUAUAAUUUGUAAAAGAAACGAAGUUGAAUGUUUGCUUGAUGGGGUUUUGGAGAGGGAGGAGUUGUUAUGGAAGCAACGAGCUAGAGUCUCUUGGUUCAAAUGUGGUGAUAGAAACACCCAGUUUUUUCAUCAAACGGCGAAGCAAAGAGGGAGAUCAAAUCGAAUCUGUGGAAUCUUGGGAGAAGACAAUCGAUGGAGGUCUGAUGUGACUGAUAUUGGAUGUGUUUUUGUCUCUUAUUUUCGUAAUUUGUUCACAGCUGGAGGGGGUUCUAUGGAUGAAACUAUUUUUGAAGCUGUCACUAGUAGAGUGGAUGCAACGUCCAAAAAGAGUCUUGAUCAAGUGUAUAGAAGGGAGGAGAUUGAGUUGGCUCUGAAGGACAUGAACCCUUCAAAAUCUCCGGGUUCUGAUGGUAUGCCUGCAAGAUUUUUUCAAAAAUUCUGGAAUAUUAUUGGUAAUGAUGUGGUGGAUGUGUGUUUGCGCUUCCUUAAUGGAGAUGGUUCAAUUGCUGAGUUCAAUCAUUCUCUUAUUGCCUUAAUUCCAAAAGUGCAAAACCCAAAGAAGGUUACGGAGUAUCGACCAAUUAGCUUAUGUAAUGUGGUGUAUAAGCUAGUUUCGAAGGUUCUUGCCAAUAGAUUGAAGUCUGUUUUACCGGAAGUAAUUGCUGAGAAUCAAAGUGCAUUUAUGUCUCAACGGCUCAUUCAUGAUAAUAUUAUUGCAGCUUUUGAAAUAAUUCAUUGCUUGAAGAGAAGAGGGAAAGAUAGUCGCCAAAAGAUUGCUCUUAAGUUGGAUAUGACAAAGGCCUAUGAUCGAGUUGAAUGGGGUUUUUUGCAGCGUAUGAUGGAGGUUAUGGGGUUUCCUGACAGAUUUGUUUUCCUAAUUAUGGAUUGUGUUAAAUCUGUGACUUAUUCAGUUCUGCUGCAAGGAGCUCCUUUUGGUAAAAUAAAGCCUUCGCGUGGUUUGAGACAAGGGGAUCCUAUUUCGCCGUAUUUGUUUUUGAUUGUUGCGGAAGGUUUAUCAGCUCUGAUCAGAAAAGCUGAGCGUGAACAACAAAUUCACGGUGUUGCUAUAGCUAGAGGUGCACCUUCAGUCUCUCAUUUGUUCUAUGCAGAUGACAGUCUAUUAUUUUGUGAUGCUACAGUAACAGAUUGUAUGGCUUUAAAGAAUAUUUUCUCUACUUAUGAAGCGGCCUCGGGACAAAAGAUUAAUAAAGAUAAGUCGGCGAUUUGUUUCAGUCCUAAGUCUCCAGCAGCUAUAAAGGAAGCUUGCAGUGCUAUUUUAGACAUGCAGGUUGUGCCAUGUCAUGAACGUUACCUUGGCCUUCCAACUGUUACUGGUAAGGACAAGAAAAAGUUAUUUCAAUCCUUACCAGAUAGAGUUUGGAAUCGGGUGCAUGGCUGGGAAGGGAAGCUGCUAUCUAAGGCUGGGAAAGAGGUACUUAUUAAAAUCGUGGCACAAGCAAUUCCUAAUUACACGAUGAGUGUAUUUCAGUUGCCGGCAGGGACUAGUGAUGCGAUUAAUAAAUGUGUGGCAAGAUUUUGGUGGGGGAAGGAAGGUGGUAAGGGUAUACAUUGGCGGCGGUGGAGUGAUCUAUGUUUCAGCAAAAAGGAUGGUGGUUUGGGAUUUAGAGAUUUAUCUCUAUUUAAUCAGGCUCUAUUAGGGAAGCAGGGAUGGAGGUUAAUGAUGUAUCCUGAUUCUUUGGUUGCUCGUAUGUUGAAAGCAAAGUAUUUUCCGUGGGAUGAUUUUAUGGAGGCUGAGCUUGGAUCAAGUCCAUCUUAUUUAUGGAGAUCCUUUUUAUGGGGUAGAGAGUUGCUUCGGAAGGGGGUUAGAUGGAGAAUAGGAGAUGGGAAGGAAGUUAGAGUGUUUAUUGAUCCAUGGGUGCCAGGUCUGCCCAGUUUCCGUCCAAUUUUGAGGCAGGGUGCUCCUUUGUUCUUACGGGUUUCAGACUUGUUACACAAUAACGGAGGCUGGAAUAUGGAGGCACUUAAUUAUUGGUUUACUGAUGAUGAGUGUGAGGCUAUUAGUAGUAUCACCGUGGGAGCUACAAGACGUCCUGAUGUGUAUAUGUGGAAUUAUUGUAAGAAUGGCAGAUACACAGUGAAAAGUGGAUAUUGGCUAGCAUGUGAGGAGAAUAGAGAGGAGGCGGCGAACAUUGUUCUUGCUCCUAGAAAUUUCUGGAAGCAUUUAUGGAAGCUCAAACUGCCUCCAAAAAUUAAUCACUUUCUAUGGAGAUGUUCUAUGGGGUUUAUCCCUUGUAUGGAGGUCUUACUUUGGAAACAGAUUGCUCAUUCAGCGAGUUGUUUGAGAUUCCAGCAGGGCAGGGAGUCGCCUGUACACGCAACAUGGGGUUGUUCGUGCUGUGUUGCGGUGUUCGAAAGGGCGGGUUUUUACUCAAAGUUGUCAUCUGGUCAGUUCCCUUCUUUUAUUCAUUUGUUACAUCAUGCUUUUUCUACUCUCGAUGAGGAGGAGUUGCAGUUUUUUGCUGUGUUGUUGUGGUUAAAUUGGCAUGAGCGGAACAAUUUUUAUCAUGAGCGGAACAAUUUUUAUCAUAAGGGAGCUGUUGUGCCUUCAGAUAUCAUAUAUGAGAAUGGGGUGAAGUUUCUGAAGUGUUUCAAAGAGGCUUUGGGCUGCCGGGCUGGAGUGGAAUUUAAUGCAGUGGAGGAGGUGGUUCCGGGUAGUUUACGGAGGUGGCAGGCCCCUAGAAGUGGUCAGCUAAAGGUUAAUUGUGAUGGAGCAGCAAAUUUUAAGGAUAGAUGUUUUGGUGGUGGGACAAUUAUAAGGGAUGAGUUUGGUUCCUUAAUUGUGGCUGGUGGAAAAAAUUUCCAACAUCCCGUGUCUUCUUUGGUGGCUGAAUUACUUGCUAUCAAAGUUGGCCUGGAUUUGGUGGUAGAACGAAGGCUUAGAAAUGUAAUGGUGGAGUCUGAUUGUUUGGAGGCUAUUCAUCUUCUUAACUCUAAAGAGAGAUGUUUGGCUCCUGAGGGAGGUCUGGUUGAAGAUAUUCAAAAUACUAUGGCUCUUGUCAAUAUUUCUUCCAUCUAUCAUGUUCGACGUGAAGGAAAUACGGCUGCUCAUGCAAUUGCAAAGUUUGUAGCCCGAAAUAAUGGGCGUUAUGUUUGGUUAGAGGAUGGGCCUGAUUGGCUCAUGUCACUUAUCUAUCAUGAUAAGACUUUAGCCGGUUUUUCAGUUAGAGAGUUAAGUACUGUUUCUCUUUCUGAUUCUAGGGAGUUUGGAGAGUCUUAUUUGUGUCAUUUUCAUGAUUGUAAUGUUUCUGUUUAA